CAGUUCCCAUAUAAUCAUGUGACUGCAGCACAUCAACAACGUGACUUUAACGACUUCAUUAUUUACAGUCCAGAUUCAUAUACCGAUGUAAACGACCUCUUGAGUUCUUACUGGCAUCUGUAUUCAAGCUUGAUCAUGCUGAAGGAAACACUGAGGCUGCUGUUUCUCUGGGUUGUGCUGGAGUCGGUCAGCUCCCGCGGCUGUUCCUCAUUCUUCUGUCGGAGGUCACACCGUGUGAUGAGCGGUUCAGAUGGUCCCGAUCCGGGCGCACCUCUGCUGCUCACCCCCUAUCUGGAGAAAGGCAGAAUAGAAGAAGCCAAAAAACUGAGUUUGGUGGGUCCCCUCUCUGGUGCCAAUGUCAAGAGUUACUCAGGAUACCUCACUGUGAACAAGACCUACAACAGUAACCUUUUCUUCUGGUUCUUCCCUGCACAGGAGAGACCAGAGACUGCUCCAGUGCUGCUAUGGCUGCAGGGAGGACCUGGGGGCACCUCUAUGUUUGGCUUGUUUGUGGAGCACGGCCCAUAUUUUGUGCAUAAGAACCUCACAUUGGGCUAUAGGGAUUUCCCUUGGACAUCACGGUACUCAGUUUUGUACAUUGACAACCCGGUUGGCACAGGGUGGAGUUUCACUGAGGAUGACAGAGGAUUUGCCCAAAACCAGGAUGAUGUGGGCAGAGACCUGUACAGUGCUCUGACUCAAUUCUUUCAGAUCUUCAGUGAGUUUCAGCCUAAUCCAUUCUACGCCACGGGCGAGUCUUAUGCAGGAAAGUAUGUUCCAGCAAUUGGCUACUACAUCCACAAAAAUAAUCCCUCUGCCAAAGUGAAGAUCAACUUUAAAGGAGUGGCUAUUGGAGAUGGUCUGUGUGACCCUGAGCUGAUGCUGGGAGGAUAUUCAGAUUUCCUCUAUCAGACCGGCCUUGUAGAUGAACUGCAGAGGCAGUACGUGAAGAUGCAGACAGAUGCAGGAGUCAAACUCAUACAGGAGCAGAGAUGGGUGGAAGCAUUUGAGGUGUUUGACAGCUUACUGAAUGGUGAUGUUGUUCCUUAUCCCUCCUUCUAUCAAAACGCCACUGGUUGCACAAACUAUUUCAACUACAUGCAGUGUCAGGAACCUCCUGAUCAGGAGUAUUUUUCUGCAUUUGUAACACUACCAGACGUUCGACGUUCCAUCCAUGUUGGGAAUCUGACAUUCAAUGAUGGCUCUGAGGUUGAGAAGCAUCUGCUUCAGGAUGUUAUGAAGUCCAUCAAGCCCUGGUUAGGUGUUCUCAUGGACAACUAUAGGGUGUUGAUAUACAGUGGGCAGCUUGAUGUCAUUGUUGCAGCCCCUCUGACUGAGCGCUUCCUGCCCACCGUGAGCUGGUCUAAAGCAGAUGAGUAUAAAAAUGCAGAGCGCUUCCCCUGGAAGGUCCAGCCAGGUGAUACUGAAGUGGCAGGUUAUGUACGGCAAGUGGGAGAGUUCUUUCAGGUCAUUGUCAGGGGAGGCGGGCACAUUUUGCCUUAUGACCAACCAGAGAGAUCAUUCGACAUGAUUGAUAGAUUCCUUUCCACAGAUGGAUUCUCAUCAACCUGAUACACUAAGAUCCAAUAGGAUUUAAAGUGACUAGUGAAUGAAUAUGUGUUCAGUUGUGCAACAAUUUUAAAUGCAAUAAUUGUGUUAUAUUACUAAGAAAUGUAGCAAUUAUUUUAUUGGGAUAUUUUUAAGAGGGAAGGGGUUAUGUUUUAUUGUACAUGAUCUGUUUUUGAUUAAAGUAUGAUUUGAGAAAAAUUUCAUUUUUAUCUUGUGCCAGCUGAAAAUAGAGAGACUGUAUCUUCAAUGCAUUGAUCUUUGAACUUUUAAUUGACGUGGGUUCAGAAAAGAAGUGACUAAGUCAUAGAAGGGCACUUGAAGUACUAAAAAGUACCUUGGUUGGUUUCUGGACAUGGCACAAUGGUUUUUUAUAAAAUCAUGGUAUAUAUU